AUAUGCUUGCUAGCGGGUCUUGGGACUGGACCGAGACUUUAAAGGAGUCUUUCUGCCCUUCCCGACCGUGUUCCCAGCGUCAUUGAUAGAUUGAUUUCCCUCUUGCUUUGUGAAGCCAUUGGUUUUCUAGCAUCUUUGCAUGAGACCAACUGCUUUUGCUCCAUAUUCGCGCAAAAUUUGGAAGCGAAAGCCCCUCGAAGACCAUCGGCAUCUUCAUUCUCCAGCUACAUCACUUUGCCCGACUGUUACCAGAAGCUCGUCGCAGAAUGCGCCAGCGGACACCCCAUCGGAAGUCAAGAUUCGGGUGCAAGGAGUGUAAGCAACGUCAUGUCAAGUGCGACAAGUCCCGGCCGGUAUGCGUCAACUGCACGACUGCUCUUAGGAGAUGCUCGUACCUCGACACCGAGGCAGCAAUACCAUCAUCAUCUACGUUCUCGUACCAAUGUCCCAGCCCAGCAACAUCAAUAGCAAGCCCGGCGGUGCCCGUCACCCCAGAACACUCGACUGGUCGUAAUAGCCAUGCGCCGACAGAGCCAUACGAUUUCCGGCAUAUGGAAUUGCUCUAUCAUUUCGAACAUAACUUGGGCUACACCCAGGGGUUCGGCGAUAAUCUCACGCGGCAAAAGUACCAACAAAUGUCGCUAAAACAAGCAUGCAUGGAUUCUGUCACUUUCCGGGUGCCAUUUCUCAUGGACGAGCUUCUAGCCAUAGCUGCAGCGCACAAGAGCACAUUACCAGGAGAGGAUCAGGCAUAUUAUAGGAGCGAAGCAACUCGACUGCAGACAAGGGGCCUUUCACAAUUCACCGUGGCCAACGGCGAGAUGUCUGAUGAGGACUUCCUAACAGUAUUUCUGUUCUCCACCUGGCUUGGCCAACACGUUCUCUUCGGCACUUUCUCGGUCCCUGCUGAUUUUCCAGUAAUUCUGGAUAAGCUAGUCCACUGUAUGGGUCUGCACCGAGGUGUCCGUACGAUCGUAGGGGGCUCAUGGGAAAGACUCCGAGCUCAUUUCGACGCCCACCUAGGCGCGGGGAGCCGCUUCGUGCAGAACAUGAUCAUCAGGCUAGACCGUUACGAAAGCGGCGAUGACACGGUGCAGGAGUGGUCGAUCCGGGUGUCGACCGAGUACGUCAGCCUGCUCGACCAGAGGCGGCCCGAGGCGCUGGUGGUGCUGGCGUAUUGGGGCGUGUUGUUGCACAAGGCGAGAGUGUGCUGGGCUUUUGGGGACGCGGGACGAACUCUCGUGCGGUCUAUUACGGCUCAUCUUGGCUCGUAUUGGGGCGAAUUGUUGGCCUGGCCAAGGGAGAUGACGGAAGCCCCUGUAAUUUCAGUAUCAAGUCCAACCUGA